AUGGGAGAUAUUCUUCAUGGAGCAUAUGGUGACCUUGGCCAUGUCACCAAUAAUGUGGCAGAAAUCAGAGCUUUAGAGGCAGGAUUGAAUCUAUGUGUACAAAAAGGACUCUCCAAAAUCAUCAUUGAGGGAGACUCACAGAUUGUUAUAAAUGGGAUAAUCAAAUCAUAUUUUCACAGUUGGAAUUUGGAAAAAUGGCUUCCUCAAAUUAACCAGCUACUCAGCUCGAUUGGAACUUACGAUAUCAAUCAUGUAUACAGAGAAGGGAAUCGGUUGGCAGACCAUCUAGCAAAUCUGGGAGUUGAAUGCAAUAAUGAAAUUGUCACAUUUGACAAAUGCUCGAUGACAGAAAGUAUUAUUGAGCUGAGCAAGAUGGAUUCUUCAUGCAAAGGCAUCGGUUAA